GAGGCCUCACUCUUUCUUCAGUGGCUUCAUAGCCCUCUGCGGGCAGCAUGUACUUGGAUAGGAGCAGGAAUAAAAUUGAAGGUUGGCGUUGUCGAGGUACGCAUUGCCUCUUGGGGAAGAUGUGGCUGUCUCUCGUCAGCUUCCUAAUACUGGGGAUCGUUGGCUUGCACAUCAACAAAACGCAGAAUGCCCUCAGCGUCGAAGUUGCGAACUCGGUCUUUGGAAUUCAGCUCGAGUCUGCCCAAUCUGGUCAUAGAAUUUUGGAAGAAGUUCGGCUAAUGAGGAGAAACGGAUUCGAUAUCUCCAGAGGCUGGUACUCUGAUCAGCGUGGAAAAGGUUCGCAUCAAAAUGAAUCUCUUGACUCAUCAAAACAAAAGGAGGGUCUGGUGAUGUUAGUAAAGAACCCGGCGACGCUUCAGACAACCUUCUCAAAGGUUUUCCGCACGAACGAGUUGUUCGGCUUCUAUAUGGACGUGCAGUGGCACCUGAGGCGGAUACAGAACGGCAGUUUAAUUCUUUUCGUGGUGUCAGCCUCCGGCACUGCAGGACUCAGGGACGCUGCAUCCGAUUUUAGUGCCGUAGGAUCACUCAUAGGACAUCAUCUGCCAGCGGGCGCUCACUGGGUCUGGGUCUUCGUCAAGGGAGGAAGAACAUUGCUGGAAACUGCCGUUCUGGACAAACCAAACUCGGUUUUAGGACAUCUUCACAUUCCAAAGGCACAACUUGAACAGAACACUGCCCUCGAAAUUUUUGAUGAGAAACGCUUUAAAUUUUGCCGAAAAUACGAUUCAAUGGGUGAAUUUUGCGAUUUCGAUUAUCAGAGACCACUUUUGAAUUCGGACAAACGUUACGAGAUUUUAACAGGAAUUCCUUUCAUAAUAACAGCCGGCAACCGUCCUGACUAUUUAUUUGAAUCUCUUACGUCAUUGAUGAAGUCGCCGGGUUUUCAACCGCAAAACCUUCACGUUCUAAUAGGUGGCGAUUGGCCACAAACGGAAGACCUAUUAGAUAUUUUUAACUUUACCUACUCAAUUAUUCCCAUUAGAGGAGAGGGUAAUUUCAUGCGUUUUCUUUACUACCGUCAAGUUUUCUCUUUCAUUGUUGAAAACUUUCCGCUUGCUCCUGCUGCGAUUUUGAUGGACGAAGACGUUCGAGUAUCUCCAGAUUUCUUUUCGUACUUUGCUCAAGUCUUACCAGUAUUACUUGAGGAUGAUUCUCUUUUCUGUGCCACUGCAUUUGGGCACUUAGCCAUGCCAACGUUAUUCUCUCACAAGGACAAAGUACGAAGAGGAGAUAUGCAAGUUGGUUGGGGCUAUGCAAUUAAACUAACUGCCAUUAAGGAAGCUUUACUAAGUUGGCCGGCAGACGGCAAAAGCGACCGGUUUUACGACAGCUGGCUGUAUUAUGAACACAUCGUGCAGGGAGAAUGUAUCUUCCCAGAAGUGAGUAGAGUAAUACAUUUUGGAAUAGGCCUGAAUGCUGUCGGGACAAGACUUGAAACUUAUGAUCUAGUAAUAGACAUGGAGACCGAGUCUGGAGUACAUCUUACAAAUAUCAUGGACAUCCCCUUACAAAAUUGGAAACUAUCCUUGAAGAAAAUUUUGGAAGAUUCCACCUUGAUUUACGGGGAUCCAUGCGAGAAGAAUUUCUUCACAGAGCGUAAAAACGGUAGCUACAUUUUUUCAUACCGGUGCGAAUCGAACUCAACGGAUUUCACGAAAAAUUUAAUGCUUGCUGGUGACUGCGCCUGCAAACUAAGUUUUGUCUCGACAGAAUUCGGGUGGCAUGAUGGCGUUACUUUAUUGAGAGUCAAGCCUGGAGUUGACAUUUACUUUCUCGGAGUCCCACAUUCAUCAUAUAGUUACUUUGCGGUAAAUGAGUCCUUAAUUUGGGACUUCGAAAAACUGUCAAACGAAAGUCAAUACAAGAUUUGGGGAUACGUAUCAUUUCCAUAUCAGAGAAGUGCAUGGAAAGUGAUGACAGACCUCGAGAGACAAGAAUUUCUGAGAGCAUUUUUAGGCGAAGGUAAAGAAAUGUAAGCACCCAAGUUAGCACAAAUUGUGCUUUUGAUUGUUGAAAUGGCAUAUUGCUCACACUGAAGGUCAAUGUUGGGACACGUGGCGUACGUAGUAAAUAAAGUGAUGAAAGGAACCAGAAGCCCAGGUCGCUUUCCGUUAAUUCUCCAGGCAGAAACUCCCGAGAGAGAGGCAGGGUAGAUUAGAACCCUUGAUAUAAGCUGGUCUUGAACUCGAUACAAUCUUGAUCAAAAUUGUAGUGCACAGUGGUAACACUGGCAACACUAUAAUUGCACUUAAUUGAACAUGGAUCAGCUGUCGAGCCAUGUUUAUGAGAUAGAGAAGUUGCUGGUAUGUGUAGAGCCUUGUUCUCCACAUUCUUAUUAUUUGGCAAUUAUAUUGAAUAUCACGAAAUUACACAAACAUUCUGUUAAAAUUCGUGGAUUUCUAUUUUUAUCUGCUCAAAGUUGUAAUUCGGUCAAUUAUUCUUUCUAAGGGCAUUUCUGUUUCGCAGGUUAUCCAUGUUUGUUAAUAUUAAGAAAUUUUCUCGUUAACUCGAACUUUACCUCGCCUUAGGUAAGCCACAUUGACGAAUUCCUAAAGUAUGAUACGUAAUGAGCUAUGUAAGAAUAUUGCAAGGAAAGUAAGAUUUCAUUAAAUUUAAAUAAUUACUUGACUCGUCUUCAUGUCCUGUUUAAGAUUUGGGGAGUGAAAAAAGAUUGACCAAAUGAAUUGGUUUUGAUUUACUUGAACGUCGGCCCAUCAAUAAACUAUGUUGGGCCAAUUUGACCGAGUCAUGCUUACACUGGGUUGCAUGCACAUUGCUUUGCCAUGUGUGAGUCAUGUUGGUCCUACGCGGAAAACGUGUGCUAUCUGCAGGAGGCCGUCGACACGCUUAACGUGGCAAUGGUCGGACGACACCUCAGAGAUCAGCCAUCGAUGCUCAACUGAGAGCGUUCGUCUACUGCACACAAUAUUUGUCAUUGUACAACUGGUGACUUAGUGUGGAGAUUGGUAGUCUAACACGACGAGGCAUGGCAUGUUAACUCGGCGUUGCUGGAGCAGCUCACCACAUGAUAGUAACUCACAGUCACAACGCUACCUUGGCAAUGCAAACCGGCGAGAAAAAGUGGUGGAGUCAUUUUCCCCUGAUCGAGUGCUUAAUUUAAUAAUUUAUCACGAUCUGAGGUUGGCACCAUGUGAGAAAUUUUGCAUUUGACACCUAUUAUUUGACUCCCGUGAUCUUUAAGUUUAUCAUU